CAACAGAGCAAUCUCAACUCUCCAAUCACCUCUCCACUCUCGCCUAUAAAACAACAAAAUCACCACUCAAUUCGUCUUUUGCGAGUCCCGGGUUUAAUACCGACAUCAAAUUCGAUUCAUCUCUAAAUCUCUCAACUCAAACAACUUAAUCAACAUGUCUCCCAUCGUUGUCCGAUCUGCCGCUCGCGCUGUUCAGCGCCGCCAAUUCUCUCUCCUCAGCUCCAUGCGAACUGUUGGCCGAUCCAUGGAGUCUCAUCCCUUUGAGCGCCUGCCCAUCAGCCAGCAGCCCGCUAAGCCCGACUACGCCAAGAUGUUCAAGCGAGUUGGCAGCCAGGCUCUCUUCUUCUUCCCUGGCUUCGCCGUCAUUCUUGGCUGGCCCCUUGCCGCCGAGGCUGUCUUCGAUGGCCGACUCUAAGCAGCCAAUUGGCACAUGAUCGAUUCUUUGGAUCAAACUUCGAAAGCGAGCGAGACUCGACGGGACCGUUCCUCGAUAGACCAUACACUUUGGCUACAUUGUUGGAUACCGGGACCAUUUGUGACAAUGCACAGUCACGUUUGUACAUAGCAUUGAAAGGCGUUUGAGGUGCAUUGGAAGCUGGAAGAUGCACAUGGCAUCAGAGCUACGACUAUGAUAAAUUUCUAGAAAUAUAAUUCCAUAUGUCAACAACUAUGAGUCUGUUUUCGAUGUG